AUGAUAGACAGUGGAGAAGUGAUAGGACAGGUGGAUUGUUUCCGCUAUCGAAGCGGUGCCACGCGCCUUGCCUGCGGGUGUCUCUUUCAACCAAUUACCCUUGCCCGGGGAGACGUCAUCGCAACGUUCGACCGUCGGUUUGUAGACAGCAGCUUAACCAUGGAGACGGAACACUACAAACCGGAGGACGAUUACGGCGAGCUCGUGCAGCGCAGCACCUACUGGGUACGGGCACUGGCCACAACGAUGGGCAUCUGGCCCGGCCAGUACGUUUCGAUGCGCAGCCACUGGUACCGAAGGCUGUACUACUUUAUGCUGCUGAUGCAUUGGCUCAACACCUACCUGCAGACGGAGUUUUUCUUCCGAAAUCUGGGCAAUCUUGGUUUGGUAGUGCAGGGACUUUGCAGCUUCGUUAGCAUCACCACCACCGGCAUUAAGGUGAUGCGCAUCCACGCGUACGAGGCCGAGAUAGUGCAGCUAUGGCAAACGUUGCAAGAUGCGACCUUCAUCAAGAAGAUAAGAUUUUUGCGCAAAACCGACCGGGGAACUAUCUUCCACCGCAUCCACAAGCUACUGGCGCGCCAGUGCAAGGAGGUGCAGCUUAAUCUGCGCUUCUACACGCUGGUCGUGGGGCUGGUGGCGUCAAACUAUUCCAUCAUACCUGCCUGCAGCAAUCUGUACAAUCAGUUCCAGGGCAAUGCAUUCAACCGAAGCUUUGUAUACAACACAUACUAUCCCUUGCUGGAGCCUGUUAAACGACGCAGCCCACUGUUUGAGCUACUGUUCUGCUCGGAAUCACUGUCCGGCUACACCACCUGGGCCGGGGUGGUGGCGUUCGACGGUCUGUACGUCGCGAUGGUACUGUACGCCGCUUCGCUGAUGCGUCUGCUGAGAGAUUUGCUGCACGAAACGGCGAACCCCAGGUUGACGGACGCGGAGCGUGCCUUCUUUCAGCGGGAAUGCAUACUGCACCACAUCCGCACGAUACAGCUGAUUGAGAAGAUAAAUGAAAUCUUUUCGCCGGUGCUGCUGGUGCAACUGUUUACCAGCACCUCGAUUAUCUGUGUCAUUGCAUUUGCCGCCAGUAUGCACGCUGAUGAGGGCGAUUCGCAAACGAUGCUGAUGGUGCUCUACCUGAUAGCGGCUAUCUACCAGCUGUUCCAGUUCUGCUGGUACGGCCAGCGGCUCCAGAACGAGGUAAGGGCAUUUCUCACGAUCGGUUCGGAAAUCAGGUCAAUGUUUGGACAGAAUGGGAACAGCAUGCUCCAAUUGUUGAAACCUGCCUUCCAACCUUCCCCAACCUACUGCACGGUUUGUUUGAUUUAUUCCCACCGACCAGGGUACCGAGCUGCCCCGCUCGUGCUGCUCCGGGUGACACACCUCCACCGCGGAGUCCGUUCUGGGUACGCUCACCUUACUGCUCUGCUUAUCACCGAUUUCGAACAGAUAAUCCGAAGUGCUGCAUCCUACUUUACCGUACUGCAGACGCUAGCCGAGGAAUAGACCGAAGCGAUGAGCCGUCGCAUUGCGCUUGGCGAGCCCCUUCGAACGUAGUUAUUUUCUCUCUCUCUCUUUCUUUGGCACGUAAACGCACACUCGCACACACAGGGUGCAGGCCGGUUCGAUGCAGAUAUUGGCCGUAUUCGAGCGGUCCAGACCCACAGUACAAAGUACAGCACGGACGGCGAGUGUCGAAACCACAAGGCUGGCCCGUAAAGCGCGAUAAGCCCCGUGCGGGAGUCGACGCUGAUCAACAUCACGCGCUACGGUAGCAGAGGUCGCUCGCAUUGUGUUUUCGGGGAGGGGAUAUUUGGGCGAAGGCUGGCCCUUAUCGCUGGCAAACUCAUCCAAACAUAUGAUGCACAUACACGCACAUACAACACGGAUACACUCGACGGGUGAGAGUCAAUUAGUCAGUUCCGAUUUCUGUGCACAAUGGGAAAGCACCAAAACGGUGCUUUGAAUGGUUGAUAAGGCGUGCGCGGUUGAUGCAGGAUCAAUCCCGGUUCCCGGAUAGGUCACGAUGCCAAUCUAGAGGGGGCAGCGGGAUGAGAGGUACACUUAUUUGCCGGUCACUUUAAUUAACAAUUGCACUAAGCCGGAGAUCUUACGCGCUCGGUCCCAUUUGGCCUGCUGUUGAUCGAGCCCGUGCGAAAGCUAUCUCUCUGCAGCAGUGGUCUGUGGAUACCGGGUGCCAGAGUGAUUGGUUUUUUUUUGCUGUCGUUGACGCACAGUAUCGAUGACGCACGUUCGUCACCAUUCGUUGCGGGUAGUGGCGCUGGCGCGCGGUAAAAACAUCUUAUUACAAGAUCGAUGCUCAAUUAAAUGAUCGUACAUUGCUUUUUUAAUAGCCACGUGUAGGUGCGUGUGUUUGGUGCACUAGAAAGUUUUAAUAAAAUGGACCCCCUGGUGCAGGUGUAUGUUUUGCUUCCUCUGGCAACUGUAGUUAAAUAGAUCAUUAAUGUAUGCUUCGAGUGGGGUCUUUUCUGUGUAUUUUUCCGCUCGGUAUGUGAAUCGUUGGGCGGAUCCUGUGGUACUGUCAUCAACUUGCACGACCUAACA